UUGUAGCUUGGCGAGAAAUAUUUCAAACGCACUUCCAAAUUUAGUGAUUGUGGCUGGUGUCCUGUUGACGUUUCAGGACGUUUUUAUGCAACCAUGAGUCGAGGGACGACUUCGGUGACCGGCGACAUAAAAGUGGAGAAGAGUAAAAUGAAAUGGGAUCCAAAAACUCUAGAAAUUCGGACGCAUUCAGUCGAGAAGACCCUCGAGCCACUUGUUCACCAGGUAACAACCCUGGUUAAUCAUCCAAAGAAAAAGGGUAGCAAACUUGGAAAAUCUAAGAAUGCCCAUAAGCUUGCCCAAGACAUUGAAGAUGCUACAGCUCGGCUUAUAAAAACAGGGGAGGAAAUUGCUCAAGAGUUUCCUGAAAUCAGAGAAGAAAUGUUAGCAGCAUGCAAGGACUGUCGUGGGGCAGGUGAUUCAAUGCGAAUUGCAGCCAAAGAAUUUGCAGAUGAUCCAUGUUCGUCAGCCAAAAGAGCUUCAAUGGUCAGGGCUGCUCGGGCACUAUUGUCCUCUGUUACAAGGUUGUUGUGUGUUGCUGACAUGGCAGAUGUGUAUCGCCUCCUUGCCUCACUGAAACUGGUGGAGAAGAGACUGAAGGAAUUAGAAAAAGCUAGUAACACUGCAGACUUGUUGAAUUCUUUUAAGAAUCUUGGGAAUGACUUGAUGGACUUGGCAAAACUUUCUGGCAAGAGACAAGCAGACUUAAAAGAUCCACAUAGGAAAGAUGACAUGGCUGCUGCUAGGGCUACUCUUAAAGAGUCAAGUAAAAUGCUGCUGUCCUCCUCCAAGGCCUAUGUACGUCAUCCUGAAGUGGAUUCUGCAAAAGCCAACAGGGAUUUUGUGAUGAAGCAAAUGUCUGAAGCAGUGAAUGCCAUUUCAGGGGCAACACAGGCUACUGGCUCAGGUGGACCUCACCCAUAUGAGACUCCAGGGGCAUUGGCAACAGCUUUGGAUGACUUUGAUUCCCAGAUCAACAUGGAUCCAACUUCAUACUCUGAAAAGCGCACCCGUCCCACAUUGGAGCAGCGACUUGAAAGCAUCAUCAGUGGAGCAGCACAGUUAGCUGACUCAAUGUCAACAAGAGAUGAUACACGGGACAAGAUUAUAGCAAGCUGUAAUGGUGUGCGGCAAGCUCUCCAGGAUCUACUGUCAGAGUAUAUGAAUCAUGCCACAGGAAAGAAGAAGGCUGCUCCUGGAGGGUCUCUAGACCAAGCCUUGGAAAGGAUGUGUAACCGAACCAGGGAGCUGAGAGGCCAGUUGCGUCGUGCAGUUGUGGAUCAUGUUUCUGAUUCUUUCUUGGAGACCACAAUGCCUCUGAUCAUGAUGAUUGAAGCAGCUCAAGCUGGGAAUGAGAAAGAAGUAGAAGAAUGUGCCAAGUUAUUUACAGACCAUGCUGCAAAACUUGAAGAGGUGGCAAAUCUUGCCUGUUCAAUGUCAGUGAAUCCUGAGAAGGUGAAAAUGGUGAGACUAGCAGCAAAGAGAUUGCAGAACUUGUGUCCUCAGGUAAUUAACGCUGCUCGAACACUAGCUGCCCGUCCUCAUAGUAAGGUGGCUCGAGAAAAUAUGGAUGUGUUCAAAGAGGCCUGGGAACAGCAAUUGCAGGUUCUCACUGAGGCUGUUGAUGACAUUACAGGAAUUGAAGACUUUUUAGCUACUACAGAGGCUCAUGUCUUGGAAGAUGUGAACAAAUGUGUCCAGGCUCUGCAAGAGAGAGAUCCCGAGAAUGUGGACAGGACUGCUGGACAGAUACGUGGACGCACAGCAAGACUGGAAGAUGUGGUCACUGCAGAAAUGGAGAACUACCAACAAGGACCAUACACUGAUAAUGUGAUGAGGGCAGUCAUGUACAUGAGGAAUGAAGUGAUUCCACACUUCGCUCAGAAUGUUGAGAGAUCUGUAAACACACUGGCUAAAGAUCCACACGGAGAAGUGGAUGAGGCUCAGUUUAUUGAUGCCUCUAAACUGGUGUAUGAAGGUAUAAGAGACAUCAGGAAGGCUGUUCUCGCUGGAAGGAGACGAGGUGGUCCUGGUGAAGAAGUGGAAAUGGAGGAUGCAGCUGCUGUGCUGUUUGCCGAGGCACAGGCUCGUGCCAGAGAACAAGCUGCCUAUGAACAACUCAAAGCGAGUGGUAAAUUACAAUUUGAAGUGCGAUCGGAGGGAGGUGAAGAUGAAGGGGGAAUGGGUGUGUCGUCUAUCAAGGUGAACGGUGUGGAACAUUGCCCCAGGAAGCCUGGGCACAAUGUUGUUGUACUUGAUCCGAUUGGUGACGUGUACGCAGUCAGAAAUUUUAACACCAAUGCAGGGGAAGGCCCGGCUAUGGGACAGUUUUUGAACCAACUUCCUGAGGAUCAUGUUGUUCUUGUGGCCACACAGGAGCUGACAAGCCGAGAGCAGGGUAAUAAUGUGGCCGCCGCAGCACCAGCGCUGGAGCGUCUUGGAGCAGAGGGACCAUUUGACCCUGGUUUUCAUGGAUCUUACGCCUUCUCUGGCUGUACUGGACCCGCACCAAGAUUUUACACCAAAGCUGAGGUGCGACCCAGGUACCAUGGACCGGCAAUUGUGGCGCAACUCAUUCCCACUCCAGCUGCACAGAAAGGAAUGGUUCGUGUUGCGAUCGUCGCUACCGGAGAAGAUGAUCCAAAGGGAACAGGCCGAACAUCAAUCAAAGUUAAUGGCAUCGAGAGAUCGCCCAUGCAGCGAGGACACAAUAUUGUCAUACUGGACAGUGACAGAAACUUUAUCAUGGCGGCUAACUUUGACACAGCAGAUCCGUCUAAAGGGGAGGGGGCAAAGAUGGCCAAGUUCUUACAACAGCUUCCUCAGGAGAGGAUAGUGCUGAUUGGUACUCAGGGAACCACUGGUACUUCUGUGAAUGACGCAAAGGAGGCUCUUUAUGAGAUAGGUGCCACAGGCAAUGUUCAUCCUGGGUUCCAUGGCUCUUGGGCCUUCGUGGGGUACACAGGGCCCGAGCAAGUUAAAUGGGCAAAAAAUGUAAGCCAACCGCGGUACCAGGGACCUGCAGUUAUCGAAGAAAUGCUGACGAGUCCGUCAGCAGAGGAGGAAAUAAGCGCCAUGACAGCUGCGGAGUCUGAGUACGAACCAGUGUCUGAUUACGAAUUUGAGGGAGCAGUUUCUGAUUAUGAGGCACGGUCUGAGUUUGAUGACACUGACGAAUGGGAAAAGGAUAAGAGUAUAUCAAAGAGGAGUGCAAGGUCCCUUAUGAGAGCUCUGCCGGCAGAAGAAAAAGCUAAGAUUGAACAGCUGGCCGAGGGACUGAAACUAGAGAAGAAAAAGCUGGAAAGAGAGUUGACCAAAUGGGACGAAAGUGGAAAUGAUAUUAUUAUCCUGGCGAAGAAGAUGUGCAUGAUGAUGAUGGAAAUGUCCGACUUCACAAGGGGAACAGGACCGCUGAAAACUACGAUGGAUGUGAUUGAUGCUGCUAAGAGAAUUGCCAAAGCUGGAAGAAAGAUGAAUGAAAAAGCUACCGAAAUUGCACAGAAGUGUCCUGAUUCAAGUUCAAAGAACGAUCUGUUAGCGUACAUACAGCGCAUUGCACUGUAUUCCCAUCAGCUGACCAUCACAGCCCGAGUGAAAGCUGACGUACAGAUGAUCAGUGGUGAACUUGUAGUGUCCGGGUUGGACAGUGCUACUUCUCUCAUCACAGCGGCCAAAAAUCUAAUGAACGCUGUCAUUUCUACAGUGAAGGCCUCGUAUGUUGCUAAUACCAAGCACAAGUCAGGAGAUGCAAGGGGCUCCAGUCUCACCUGGCGUAUGCGUGCACCGGAGAAGAAACCGCUGGUUAACCUCGAGAAAGAUGACCGCGUGCCACAAUUACAGCGUGCAGAGAAAGUAAAACAAGAGUCGCCCAUCCAGGCACUCUCUGAAUUUGACACUUCGGAGACGAAACGUACACCCGACUUUUACUAGGCAGUAACAUUUUACUGGUAGAGUGAACGAUGAAAACUUGCUUGCACAUGCAUUGGAUAUAGUUCUUUUUAUGACCCAUGAAAAUAAAAUGCUAUAGGAAACCUUUAUGUAACCUGCUCAAAAGAGCUGGGAUUUGUCAAGUGCGACUGUGUGAAAUUCGAAACGAAUUCACAGACUAUUUUUUAGCUUUUUAGGUAAUGGUUGUAAUGAAUUUAAUGUUAGGUUGAUAUCGCCUUGUUUGAAGUACGAUCUCGUAGAAAAGUAGGUGAUUAAAGGCUAGAUUCUCUCAAAAUGAAAAAUGGUUGUAAAAAAUUUUGUUAAAACUACCAGAAGGAGUACAUGAUUUGUUAAGCGUUGUUAGGGUACAGUAGAGGCAUGUUACGUUUUGCCUACGUAACUGCUGAAUUUUUAUAGAAUGGCAAAAUAAUUUCGAGAGAGGAGACCCGCUGCAGGCUUUGCAAUUUUAGGUAGCCGUCAACAAUUCAAAUGGCGUCAUCGUGUCGCUAAGUAAGACUAUCAUUUAGGAGGCCAAAGUUGCUAAGGGAAUAACGUCACGGACGGUUCUUACAAACAUGACGUGUUUGUCGUUGUCAAGCACCCUGGUUAUUCAAGUCAAAGGUUUUUCUUUUGAUCAGUAUGUGACAAAAUUGUAACACUAUUUUUGUAGUUAGGUAGCGUGGUUCCGAGAAAUGCACGCAAUGUCAUGCGUCACAAAAUAAAACAGCACGAAUCAAUGGG